UCAGAGUAGUGCAUCUCGUGAACGUAGACGCAAUCGUAUCCGGGCCCCAUUUGGCGAUGAGGACAUCCCGAUCGUGUUUGCUGGAUCCGGUGGACGCGAUCUGUUCCAUCGACGUCUGGCAUCCGGUCGCGGAACCGCUUUGGUUUACGAUGAACGCAUGUUGUUGCACAAAAAUGUGUGGUUUUCAUCCCACGCUGAAUGUCCAGAACGUGUCACAUCAAUCAUUGAUCGGUUGAACGAUUAUGGACUCUUCGAUCGAUGUGUUUCAAUUAGUGCUGAAGCCGCUUCCGAUGAGGUCAUUGUGGGCUGUCACCAGAAUAGCUACUUAAACACUGUGUCCAAUACAACCACGAUCACUGAUGAGGAGCGAAAAUCCCUCGCGUCCAAGCUUGAUUCGGUCUAUUUCAAUGAGGUAAGAUCCAUUCCGUAA